AUAAUAUAAUAUAAAAUAAUAAAAUAAAAUAUAAGUUAAGAUAAAAUUCGAUAAGAUAAAAUAAAUAACAGAAGAAUAAAAUAAAAUAAAAAGGAACCAUUACAAACAUUGCAAAAACAAAUAAAAUUAUACUAUUAAAAUAACAUGAAUUUAAAAUCAUUAUCAGGAAAGUUUAGCAAUGAAUCAGUCUGUGUUUUACAUUGUAAUGAAGGUUUCAGAUUGCACAGUCUGAUUCAUGUAAGCCAUGCAAUAUGAACACUGAAACCAAUCAAAUAUCUAAUCCAGCCUGCAUGUGACAUAAACACAUACUUCUGCUAAAUUGAUAAUAACAAGUCCACUGAUCUUAUGAACAUUGGUGUGAAUUAUUCUUAUCACGCACUGGCAUGAUUUACGGCCUUGAGGCGCAGUUGAUUGCUCCACAGCUCUCCGUCCAGAGUUUCUAACCUGGAAGAGAAACACGAUCCACCCCAAUCGAACACGCAUAUAUACGCUCAGUGACAUCUGAUGUGUUUAUCAGUCCUUUUGUCCAGAAAAGUUCAAUCGAGGAGGAAUGAAAGUAAAGAGCCAAGUCUUGAGUCGGGUGAUAAAGUGGGAAAGGGACGGCUGCUUGACCCCAGCUCAAGGAGGAGGGCCUCAUGAUCUAUAGGGUCCCACACAUGGUUCUGAACAUCAUUUGUGAGACUAAAAAUAGCCCAACUUGACUACUGGACACAUUUUUUCGACACUAUUCCAAACGUAGACCUAUCUGUUACUGAGCACCGAAUUCCUGUAAAUGGUGAGGCUGAGGGUAUAUAAGCCGGGAGCCGCAGAAGAGACGCUCACACCUCGACUAACUCCUUCGGUUUUUCACUCGCCUUAGACAAGCGCAAGCUUAAUCAGAACCAGAAAAAUGGCCGUUGCUGCUAUACUCGCCGCAGCUGAUGUGGAUGCUGCUAUCGCUGCCUGCCAGGCUGCUGACUCCUUUGACUACAAGUCCUUCUUCGCCAAGGUUGGCCUGUCAGCCAAGUCCUCUGAUGAUGUCAAGAAGGCUUUCGCCAUCAUUGACCAGGACAACAGUGGCUUCAUUGAGGAGGAGGAGCUGAAGCUGUUCCUGCAGAACUUCAAGGCUGGUGCCAGGGCUCUGACCGACAAAGAGACCAAGGCCUUCCUCUCUGCUGGUGACAGUGAUGGUGAUGGCAAGAUUGGAGCUGAAGAGUUUGCUGCUCUUGUAAAGGCUUAAAUUUUCAUCUGACCAAGACCCUUCCAUAUUCAAGGAACCAGAACUCACGACAGCUCACACCUUUCUCAGCUGAACUUUUUUAUAUGAUCUUAUUUAUGACUGACUUUGGACAGUUUACUCAGUUUCGAGUAUGUGUCUGGAUAAGGGUAUGUUUGUGUUAGUUGGAUGUUUUAUUUUAAGCCCAUUGGCUUGUGCAAAUGUACAAUCUUGAAUGCACUUCUGGGGAAGAGUGAAAAACAAGGAAUAAAUAU